GUCAAAAAUUGCGAUUUUGAGGAUUUGAGCUUCGGCUGGGCGACAAUCAUCACCACCAUUGCCCCCGCGCCAGCGACAUCUCGAGCAACCCACCGCCCUCAACAUCCAAUCAUCGACAUUGUACACCCUCCUUACGUCGGCCCAAAAUGCUCACCCUUUCCGAGGAGUCCAAGGAGCGCAUCGGGAAGCUCAUCGAUGUCUCGCGCGUUGUCAUCCACUACGGCUACCUGCCCCUGAUUCUCUACCUCGGCUACACUCGGAGCGAGCCUCGGCCAUCGGUCAUCAAGCUUCUUUCGCCCCUCGCAUAGAUAAAAACGCUACGACACUAUGGAUUGAGAUGGGGGCUCGUAAUAUAGGCUAGGCGUUGGUGGGAUAUGACAUGAAUGGAUGGGAUACUUUGGGGGCACCUAUUAUGAUAGCAUCCUGAUAUUUCGCCGCGGAGACGGCAGGGAAUCUUCCCAGGGCAUCUUCCCAGGACAAGCAUGGCUUGAGACUAGAUACCCAUUGAAGAGAAUUGUACGAUGAUGAGCUUGGCCACGCUUGUACGGGGCUUGGAUGUACAAAUUGUCACGUGAAUAUAGUGUGUAGAGCUGUCACGAGCUCCAAGGCGGCGACCGAUAUUUGUAUAACAAAAGAACUCUCCCUCGACGCAUUUUAUUACAGAUAGUGUUGGUGG